AUGUCAGCAGACUUCUGGAACUCGUCACAACGUAACAAAUGGCAACUUACCAGGCAUUCUUUGUUGGAAUCAAGGCGAAAACUCCUCUUACUUGAGAAAAAAAUGAUUCAGAAUGGAUUUAUCAAGGAUUACCCAAAUGUCGAAUAUGAUGCCAAUACAAGAAUAUAUUUGCAUAAUUGUAUGUCAUAUUUAUACUACUUAUGAAAUGAAUUGAAAAGAAAUGUUGAUACUAACUAGAAUAAAGUACUUAUUAAACUAGGCAGAAGGCUCAAUGUCAGACAAAUUGCAUUAGCUACAGCAGAAAUAUACAUGAGCAGGUUCCUCAUCAAAGUGCUGUUGAAGGAAAUAAACGUAUACUUGCUCGUGACAGCUUGUCUAUAUGCUGCUUGUAAAAUUGAGGAAUGUCCCCAGCAUAUACGGCUUAUUACAUCGGAGGCACGGAAUCUAUGGCCAGAAUACAUCCCCCAGGACGUAACCAAGCUAGCCGAGUUUGAGUUCUAUUUGAUCGAAGAAAUGGAUCUGUUCUUGAUUCUACAUCAUCCGUAUCGGUCACUCCUACAGAUAAGGGACUACUUGAACGAGAACUUCGCUCUCUACGGAUUUUCGUUGUCAGACGACGAAUUGCAGAAUUCAUGGUCCCUUAUAAACGAUAGCUACAUUACCGACCUCCAUCUCCUAUUACCACCACACAUAAUAGCCAUUGCUACCGUAUAUAUAACCAUAGUGCUCAAGAAAAAUAUCAGUUCGUUGCGUCUUGGUGCAAAUUCGUUGUCCAACGAUGCAGUAGGCUUGGACCCACAUACAAAACCCAACCCCAACUCCAUCCACGCCGAAGACCUCAUGGCCUUGGCCACUGGUGGCUCCGCAAUCAAUGACAUCGGGAACCAGUCCUCUGAUACGAACGGUUUCCACGACACAGAACUAGACGAAAAUACAAUCAAGAUCAACAAAUUCAUGGCUUUUCUAGAUCAUUCCCAUAUCAAUUUGAACGAGGUCGUUGAGGCUAUACAGGACAUCAUCAGCUUGUAUGCCGUUUGGAACAGGUACAAUGAAAUGUCUGUGAGAAAAGUGCUACAAGAUAUGCUAUUAAAUAGAUCUGUAUAA